AUGUCCAUAACCCUCGACGACCGUGAUUUCAGUUUCACUUAUGAUGGUUCAUGGUUUCAUGGCGGUCAAGCGGGAUUCGAAUACGAUAACACUACCACAGGAACGAAUACGGCAGGGUCGAUGGCCUUGUUCAAUUUCUCUGGUUGGUGCCAAUCUUCCUGCGUUAGCGUCUUUGGUACCGUCGGUCCCAUUGUUUACCAGGGGAAUGACGUGGGAGCCUCAAUCUCAUCAUACCAGGUUGACGAUCAACCUGCGGUGACUUUUACAGCUCCUGCACAAGGAGGAACUCUGUUUCACUACAACUUUUUUACUUCUCCUACAUUGGGCAAUGGUCCACACCAAUUAAAAAUCACCAAUCUCAAUCAAAGCAGCUAUCUUUGGCUUGACUAUGUUCAGUAUACCCCGUUGUCAGGUAAGAUUUUUCAUAUCACGAAAUCCACAAUAUAUAAUCUUAUGAUGACUUGGAGCGCGGCGUCCACCCGCGUGCGUCUCACGUGCGCUUACUUGACCAAUUUCUACUACCACUACCAUUCAGAAACCUACUAA